GGAGACUAUGCAACGAAGCGUAUCCGUGGCACACGAGUCGGGAAGUUUGACACUAGCGAAGUGUGAUUACAUGCAAAUAGUGAAUACGGUGGUGAAUUGUUUCACAAAGCAUGUUAACUGUGUGACACCAAGAUGAGUGACGAAAUACUUCAUAGUGCAUUGGAUAUCAUCGAUUCGGCUCAUACUCAAACCUUCCAGCUGACAGAACUGUUGAAUAGUCUUCAAGAACUCAAACAACAAGUGAGAAGCAGUGCUGAAGAUAGUCGGAACAAGAUACAGAGUCAUUUUGCUGAUCUAAAAUCUGCUAUCAAUGAAGCCCUUGACGCGAGGCACUUCACUCUGCAGGAUGAGAUUAACAAGAUAGAGAGUGAAGCCAUGGCCCCACUGACAGCUUGUGAGGAGGUCAUACAGCAAGGCAUUGACAAUGCAAUGCUCGUCAUGGAUGAAGGCAAAACUAUCUUACAGAAUGGACCAGAGAAUAGCCUUGAGAAAAUGAUUAAAUUUAAAGACAACCCUUUGACCAAACAUCUAACAAGUCUACCAGAAAUCCCUUGUCGAUCAGCUGUUCCAAACAUCACUGUACAGUUAUCAGGUAAACUGGUAAACCAGGUGUCGGAGCUAGUACAGAAUGAAGGUAGAGUGGUCGGACGGGCUCCUGUCGCCAUUACAGACAUUGAGGAGAGGCCAGGCAGUCUGUUAGUCAGAUGGAAUGAGUUUGACGAGGACACAGAUCUAACAGAAUUCUGUCUUCAGUAUUCCUAUGGGAAUAUUAUAUCUAACGAUGACAAGAAUGCUUCCUUCCACACUGUUUACGAGGGACCAGAAAACUUCUUUAUCGUCAAACAGUUACGGACUAACACAGUGUACUCGUUCCGAGUGGCGGGGCGAGUAGAUUCUGACACCCCGUGGGACAUUUUUUGCAUUCCUGUUGCCGCUUCCACAUCUAUAUAUCACCAUCAAUGGUCUGAUAACACUGACGGCUACUCUGCGAGCAAUGAAGAUAAGACUGCGACACGGACUAACGAGGGUGUCACCUGUGUCCUGUAUUCCAAAACGGCCAGCAUAUCCCCCGGCGAGCAGGUCACAUUUAAAAUUCUUGAUGCUGGAGAGAAGGCGCUGGGGGAUGGACUAGGUUUAGCCUGGUCCACAGACAACAAGGAAAGUCUAGUUGGAGUCGGCACUGUUUUUGUUAAUAUAAACGGUUAUGUGUUUGUUGAUGGAUUGGAGAUGAAGAUGAGAUUACCUCCCUUGACUAAAGGUUCAGCACUGACAUUUCAGACAGAGCCUCUUCCAAAUGGCAAAGUUAGAAUACUCGUUCAGAUAAAAGACAAAGAGAUGGCAUUUGACUGGAAGAUAGAACAACCUGUUGAUCUUUUGAACUUUGCCGGUCUCCCCCAAAUGGGAUUCCCAUUACAGCGACAAGCUUCCGCAAACCAAAUGUUUUUUGCACUGAAGUUUAGCCAUGAGUACUGGAAAGUUGGUGUAGAGUAGUUCUGUUUUAUUAAAAAUAAAAUAAAAGUAAUAUGAAAAUUA